AUUCACGCACAUACAUCAUCUCUACACUUCAUCUAAGCAACAGGCUUAUCUAACGUACACUUUAAUUUGAUGAGAAUGAUCACAACUAAAAAAGUCACUCAAUAUUUUGCAUGCGACAACCUCUUACUCGCAAUCAGCCAUUGAGGAUUGGGAUAGGAGUGGAGAGACAUCUUUUUACUGGCGGUCCAAUCCGGCUCAAUUCUCCUCGUGGAACUAUUAUACACUCAAAACUGCUGUUACAAAAUAAGUUGAAUUGAAAGUUGAAAGUUAAGCAACUUGGUCAAUUGAUUUUUAAGGAUUUAAUUGGUCCGCGUAUCAAUUUUAGGGUGAAGGAUUUCAUAGUUGAAAAAUUACACAAGGAGGACAGAGGAAGGUCCAUCAACGAACGUACGUAUCAAACGUCAGGGAGCAAGAUGCCUAAGCCGAGGGCUAAUGAGGAGACGGAUAAGCAGACUCGAAUUGCUAUCGUCAAUUCGGAUAAGUGCAAACCGAAGAGAUGCCGGCAAGAGUGCAAAAAGAGCUGUCCGGUCGUCAGGAUGGGAAAAUUGUGCAUCGAGGUGAUCCCCACGGAUAAAAUUGCCAAGAUUUCAGAAGAACUUUGUAUCGGGUGCGGUAUUUGUGUGAAGAAAUGCCCAUUCGAAGCCAUCAAUAUUAUCAAUCUUCCCAGCAAUUUGGAGCGAGACACGACGCAUCGGUAUUCACAAAAUUCUUUUAAGCUACAUAGAUUGCCAACACCGAGACCAGGGGAGGUGUUGGGGCUCGUGGGUACGAACGGGAUAGGAAAAUCCACAGCUUUGAAGAUUCUUGCGGCCAAAUUGAAACCAAAUUUAGGACGAUUUUCGGACCCUCCAGAUUGGACAGAGAUUUUGGCUUAUUUUCGAGGAUCCGAGUUACAAAACUACUUCACAAGAAUUUUGGAGGAUAACUUGAAGGCCUUGAUUAAACCGCAGUAUGUCGACCAAAUCCCGAAAGCUGUGAAAGGAAUGGUGCAGGAAAUGUUGACGAAGAAGGCAGAAGCAGAAAAUCUAGAACAAACACUAGAUCAACUUGAUUUACGAAACGUCGUUGACCGAAGCAUUGCUGAUUUGUCUGGAGGAGAACUUCAGCGUUUUGCUAUUGCAAUGGUCUGUGUUCAGAAAGCAGAUGUCUUCAUGUUUGAUGAGCCGUCUAGUUAUUUGGACGUAAAACAGCGCUUGAACGCUGCUUUGGCAAUUAGAUCGCUUUUGGGAUCUGACAGAUAUGUUAUCGUCGUGGAGCACGAUUUAUCUGUUCUGGAUUAUUUGUCUGACUUCAUUUGCGUCCUUUACGGAGUGGCUGGUGCUUAUGGAGUUGUAACGAUGCCGUUUUCAGUUCGUGAAGGGAUCAACAUUUUCUUGGAUGGGUUUGUUCCAACCGAGAACUUGAGGUUCCGUGAGGAUGCUCUGGUGUUUAAGGUUGCUGAAUCUGCGAACGAGGAAGAAGCAAAACGAAUGGCCCGAUAUGAGUAUCCAGAUAUGUCUAAAACCAUGGGGACUUUCAAGCUUGAUAUCAAAAUGGGACAAUUUACGGAUUCUGAAAUCCUUGUAAUGCUGGGAGAAAAUGGAACAGGAAAAACAACAUUUAUUAGAAUGUUGGCUGGCAAGCUCCAACCAGAUGCAGGAUCAUCAAACGUACCAACAUUGCAUGUGAGUUACAAGCCGCAGAAAAUUAGCCCAAAAUCCGUUGGAACAGUUCGACAGCUUCUUCAUGAAAAGAUUAGAGAUGCGUACAUCCAUCCUCAAUUUAUCACCGAUGUGAUGAAGCCCUUAAAAAUUGAUGACGUUAUUGACCACGAAGUGCAAACACUCUCUGGUGGUGAAUUGCAAAGAAUUGCUUUGGCACUCUGUUUAGGGAAACCUGCCGAUGUGUACUUGAUUGACGAACCAUCUGCAUAUUUGGAUUCUGAGCAACGUUUAGUUGCUGCAAAAGUUAUAAAACGGUUUAUUCUCCAUGCGAAGAAGACAGGAUUUGUUGUGGAGCACGAUUUUAUAAUGGCCACAUAUCUUGCCGACCGUGUGAUCGUGUUUGAGGGUGCUCCUUCAAUAGAAACGCUUGCAAAUAGUCCCCAAAGUCUAUUAAUAGGAAUGAAUAAAUUCUUGGAGCUCUUGGGAAUUACAUUUAGGAGAGAUCCAAAUAAUUAUAGACCAAGAAUCAAUAAAUUAGAAUCCGUCAAAGAUUCGGAACAAAAGAGAGCUGGACAGUACUUUUUCUUGGAAGACUAAGAAAAUACUCUAUUCUGCCUAAGAAGAAUAAAAAAAUCGACAAUUCCAUUACUACUGAUGCAAAUCAACCUAGGUUCUUUUUGUUAUCUAAUGCAUGUAUGGAUGAAAACAAGUUACAAAGAAUGAAAAAUAAAUUUUUUAAAUUGGGUGUGGUAAUUUAUUAA